UUGAGGUUAGGAUGGGGAGAGGUGGAGUUGGGGAGAUAAUGGGGGUGGAGUGUGACUGGGGUGGGGGCAGCAGGCUGGGGCUUUAGGACUUGUCCUGUGGGGAACUGUUUAGAGGGCAGACUCAGUGAGGAUGCAGAGGGUCCCAAGAUGCGUGAUGUGGGGGCAGAGAGGUCAUCGUGCAGCGAAGGCAGCCAGAGGUGUUGAGAUUGGCAGCUAGCUACCUGCGUGGGCUGCUCUGGUCUACUCACAACCCACCCUCCCUGGGUGUUUGGGACAAGAGGUAAAGUCUCUGGUCCAUGGCCUAUCUUGAUGGAAAGGCUGGGAAUGGCUCUCCUGGGUCCUGGGCGCCAGCCUGGCACAGUCACGGGGCAAGAGCUGCCCAGCAUGGUACCUUCCUCAUGGGUUCUCUGGGCCUGACCCAGCUUUAGGUGUUGGGAGGAUCUGUCUGCACUAAAGGAUCUUUGACCUUCCACUGCCCUCCAGAGGUUCCCAAACUGUGUGGGAGACCCGGACAGCUAUAAUAAGUAAAACUGUGGAUGUGAAGGGAGGUGGUAUGAACAUCCCCUGUGGAAGCUCAGAGAGAAGCCAGCUGUUCUCCAUCCCCACAGCUCUGACCACCAUCAAAUGGUCCUGUAGCCACACAAAGGAUGUUUCCAGCCCAGAACUUUUCUUUUUUUAAUAAUGCUUAUUUAUUUUUUGAGAGAGAGAGAGAGAGAGAGAGAGAGAGAGAGAGAGAAUGAGCAGGGGAUAGGCAGAGAGAGAGAGGGAGACACAGAAUCAAAACAGGCUCCAGGCUCUGAGCUGUCAGCACAGAGCCUGAUGCAGGCUUUGAACUCACAAACUGCAAGACCAUGACCUCAGUCCAAGUCGGAUGCUCAACUGACUGAGCCACCCAGGCGCUCCAGAACUUUUCUUGGGCUUAAGACCUACAUGUUCAACUGUGUCUUCCACUCCCCACCAAGAUGUCUAACAAAAAGUCAACAGAAACACAUCUAACCCCAAACUCUUGAUUCCCUUUCCUGAAAGGGAGAGCUCUGGGCUGGAUGUGGGCAGAGGCACUGUUGACUCUGCCCCUCUGGGCACAAGAGCUCCUUGGGUGCAGUUGAGGCCUGAAGACUCUCCCCUUCUGUGACCUCUGGGACUUGGGAAAAGGGGAGGCCCUUAGGAAGGUUCUGGAAGAGUUUUCACCCCCACACCCCCAAGCAUAUCCUUUGGUGAAUGUGACCUGUCGCCUGCUCCCUGGGGGGAAAGCCUCCUUGAAGUGUGGGUGCUGGGCUUCUGCCCACUGAGGGUGUCCAACUCUUGGCUGUGGAAAGGGGGAGGCCAGGCUGAUCUCUUGUCUCCCAGCAGGUGCAGGUGUGGCCUGUGCCCUGCAGACCUCUUCAGAAGCCAGUGGCCAGGCUUGGCACUCUGGAAGACGGGCAGUGUACAUGUGCUGGGUGCAGGUCUAGGGCAUGACAGGACUCUUAUCCUGCAAUGGGGGAAGGCCCAUGGCCAGGGAAGGCCAGGUUGCCUCAGGGAGAGGCAGCCAGCUACAAUCAUUGGGAGGCACUCCCUCUGCCCAUCUGCAUUUUUAGCCAAGGAGAGGGUAUCGCUUUAAAGGUAGAGAAGAUAGAGUGGGAAAUGGUGAGCAAGGUCAGUGGAUAACUUGAACCCAAGGGUUUGAACUAGAAGUUUCCAGGGCUCCUUUGGGUCUCCUAUCUGACACCUGAUGGCAGUGAGUAAUUUGAGGAGGGACUGAGAAGAACUGAGUGGCAGGGAAGACGUGGAGGGGCCGGUCAAAGGAAAUUGAGGAUGGUUGUUGCCCACAGAAGCUAGUCUGUGUGGGUGAGGGUGGUGCACGAGAAUAGGGCUGGUGAGUGCAGGAAGGCAAGGUGGGAGAGGGGGAGCUGGGAUCAUGGGGUUAAGGCACUGGGCUUCCCAGAGCAGACAGGUGUGACAGGAGAGUCCUGAGGGGAUGGAGAGACAUCUGCAGAGUAAAUCUGGGGCAUGGGGAACAGCCUCAGAGCUCAAUGGGGUGAGAGAUUUGGGGAGAGGAGGUGGUUCUGGAAUAGCCUGAGGCUGGUCCCACUCAGCUACCGUGCUUGGCCCCCUGGCCAGCUGUCAUUGUAUAGGCCUGUGAGAGCCUUGUAUGUUGACAAUCCUUCUUUUCUGGGUCCUUAUGUUUCCUUUUGCAUUUCCUAUGCAAAGUUCUCUAAAAAUGAAUCUCUACCUUUUGAGUGUGAACUAAAAGGAUGCAGGGGGUGAUUCUUCCUGGCCUCUGUGGUGGUGAUGGUGGCAGAAGUGGAUGGGGGCUGUCCCUGGGGAAGGCUCCUGGGGGUAAACCUACAUAGAACCUAGUCCUCAGGUCUUCUCAAACACCUGCUGGGAGGCUCCCCACCGUUCCUAGUCUGGGCUAUGACUUUGGGCCUGGAGACAUCAAAAAUUGUGUUUUGUCCACUCCAGAGCUGCCUGGCAGGCCUCCCUACCUCUCCCACCUCUAUAUGCACCCAGAUUCCCCACUCACUGGGCUUGUCACUGGUGUCCUUAUCUUUGUUGGGGGGAGGGUUGUCAUCUGGCAGAAGCAGUAGUUGGAUCACUUGGGAAGGUGCUUGUGGCAGAGAUGGAUCAGGUGGGGGUUCUCAUGUUAGCCUCUUCCCCUGGGUCCCUUUGUCCUUUGUUGUGUUACUCCCUGUCUGCCCCCUCUUCCUUGUCUUUUCUCACCUUUCCCUGCCUCACUCUGUAACUGGGGACACUGACUCCCUGGAUUGAUCACAGGGAGCAAGGGCUUAGGGACUUGCUGGUGGCUUCUCACCGGGUACAGCCAAUGGGAGGCACUAGAGGGAGGCUCUGGUGAAGGGAGAGUAGGUGGGGUAUUCUCCCUCCCUCCCUGCCAGUAUCUGGGCUCCUCUUCCCUGUCCCUUUAAGGCUGGGAGGGGGAAUAAAGGCUCUCAGGUGCCUCAGAAGCCCCUGCUGUUCCCUUGUCCCACCCAUCCCCAGAUAAAUUACUUCUUUACAACUUUGUAAUUGAACCAUCUUAAUGGAAUUCUGCUUCCUUCUGGAGCCCUCCACCUCUCUUCUCUCACACUCUGGCCUCAGGUGGGCUGGCUAAGAACUGAGUUUCCAUGUGGGGGGAGACACGCUCUCCUCACUCAGUGCUGUGCUUUUCUCACCACAAACUGUAAGGCAGAAUCUUCAGCUUCCUUUCCAUCGCUCACCCUCUUGGGAUUCAGUCUUUAACUCCCUCCCUCUACCUUGAAUCUCUGGUUCCAACUCUGAGUCAGUGUCUCCUCAGCAAGGAAGCUGUCUUCUCAGAGGUGUCACACUUGGACUAGCCACUUCCAGCUUUGUUCCAGGGAAUUUGGAGUUUCUCAAGGGGAGUCAACAUUGCAAACCUAGGGCACUUCUCCAGCAAGUCUGCCCAGGGCCUCCCUUAGGUGUAUCGUAUCUUUAGCCUAUCUGAGGGUCCACGCUUCUUGCUCACAUUGCCUUGCGGUUUCUCUGCUUUGCCAUGUGUCAUGUUAAGUGGCCAGGUUGUGAGAAUGUCUGGGGCAAGAGACUUUCUUUGUCUCCCCCAGAUGCUUGAAGCCAGCUGUCAAUAGAUGCCCGCUGAACAAGUGAGUGUAGAGAUUGUGUCCUAUGACCUUUCACUAGGGGCACAGUGAGGGGUGAAAGGGGAUGGGGCAGGUGGAGAAGAUAGCUUCUGGUUUGGGGAAAUGGCAGAACCAAGGCCUGGCAGUGUGGACCUUUUGCAAAGACAGGAUGCAGUGAUGUGUGUGUGUGUGUGUGUGUGUGUGUGUGUGUGUGUGUAUGUAUGGGGGUGUCUGUGAAGGGGGAUCCUCACCCUACCAGGCUUUAGAGGAACAGUGAGAAUGGGGAGCCAAACCAAUGUGUGGAGACUUGGUUGGACAGAGGUGCUGACAUCUGUCCCAGCACUUUCCUGUGGGAACUCAGUUUUGUUCUUUAAAAAUGAAUAUUAUUUAAUUACAAUAAAUACAUAAAAUAAAAAUAAUAAAUAAAAUGAAUAAGCUAACUUCACUAAAUCGAUAAGUAUGAAUUAAGCCCCACCACCCCAGGAUAGCUAUGUGGUGUCCUUUCCUGUCCUAACUACCCCUCAGUGCCAUGGAACUCCUCAUAGGUCUUCUGCCACCGCGGAUCCGUUUUACCUUCCGUUUUGCCUGUUCUCUAAUUUCAUCUAUCAGGAGUCCUGUAGCUUGCGGUCUUUUGUGCCUGGUUUCCAGUGCUCCCAUCUACAUUUAUAAGAUUGUAUCUGUCCCUCUGUCCUCCCGCAGGGAAGCGCUCCUUCGGUGCUGUGCAUGCUGGCCACAAGGGGGCAGCAGAGCCUGAUGGAAUCUGGGAGACUUGGUAGGGUCUCCAGGGUUGCUCUCCCCUCACAGCACCCUCUGUCUGGUUGCCUCCCAGGCAGCUGCUGCAGCAUAGUCCUCCUGCUUCCGUCUCUGAGACCUGCUACUUUAGAGAGGAUUUCUGGGCCCAGGGCCUCCAAUCUGGUGCCCUCUGUUUAGGGCUCACCUGAGUUUUGGGGUGGACCUGCCUCAAGUAGGGUUUGGCCCUGGGCAGGUCCCCGUGUCCCCGUGUAUUCUUCAGCUUCUGUCUCUCAGCUUUAAAGUGAGGAAAGACUCUCCUCUGAGGAUUAGAGUAAGUCAUUUAUUGAAACAAAGUACAUAAUGACCAGAGUGAAAUAGCACUAGAUAAAUGGUGGGCCUGAGUAUUUGGUGAAAGUCAGUAGUGAGCUGGGGCCUGGCCUCAGGGCUUCAGCCUACAGCUCAGCCUGUGGAGGCAAGUCUCCCUGACAUGGAGGAACAGGGUGUUGGGCAUGCUGGGGACUGUUAGAACCAGCCUCUCAAGCUUGGCCAGGGCCCCUCCUGACUUUUCUGCCUCGGGCCUCUCUCCUCUGAUUCUUUCAAGGUCAGAGGCUAAAGUAGCAGAUCUCCAGGCCCUUUUCCCAUAACUUGGCGCUCACCCUCCUACAAGGACUUAACUGUUUCAGCCUUGACUGUGGAUGGGCCUGGCCUACAUGGGAUUGGGAGAGUGAGUAAAUGCUUCCCAGGUUAUGACUGGGUCACCUAUAUGUGGGCGGUACUUGUAUUCACUCACUGCAAAACAUUCACUGACAUCUCAGUGACUAGUGAAUGUACUUGAGACACUGUGGGCAUACCUGUGUCCCAUUCAGGUGUCUUGUCCCCAGAUAUAUCAGGGCUGAAUGCAAGGUGGGGCUUGCACCUUCUCUUUUCCCUUUCCUUUCCUCCCUGCUUGCCCUUCCCUCCCUCCGUCAUUCUGUUCUCCCUUUUCCUCUCCCUCCUUCCUUCUUUCUUCUUGCUCUUUCCAUUCUUUUUUUUCCCUGUUCUUUCCAUUCUUACACCAUUUUUCUCUUGGCUUUCUUUUAACUUCUUAUUUAUCUUUUGCUAAUUGAUGGCGUAAUAAAAUUUAUUAAAAUUUCUAUAAGAAUGUCUUUCUCCCUGGUCUCAGUCCUUUGCCUUUAUAUAGCUCAGACGGGUGGGAGUGAUGCCUCUUCAUGUCCCCAGGAAUCUCAGACUUUGGAAGCAAAGGGACUUGCCCAUUCAGAGGGUGCCGGGACAGGUGCCUUGGCCAGUUGGGCUUUGCCAUCGACCUCUGAGAGGCCUGGGCAGGCCCCACUCCUGGGAAUGAGUAAGGGUCUAAGGAAUUUUCUGAGGCAUCUUUGGUUGGAUAGUUCAGAUAUGGGAAGACAGCCUCCAUUAGGAAGGGCUGUGCUCAUCAGAGGGGCAGGUGUGCAGACUCAGGGGAUACUGAUCAUCCCCACUGAGCCCUUGGUCUUGUCCUCAGCAGACUCCCAGGGCAGAGCUCAGCCCACCAGCAGGGUCAUGCUGGUUAGAAAAGGAAGGAACAUUUUGAAGUCUACACGGAAACUAUCGCCUUAUGUGUGUGUACGCGCAUGUGUGUAUGUGGUGUUUCCUGUUAUUUUUCAGUUUUUCCAGAUACCAAACAAGCAGGAAACACUUGUAUAAACUUUUUUCCUGCAGUGGAAGAUAACCCAGUGAACCUUCACCUUCACAGCGUCAAAAUAAAUUCAGAUUCACCAGAUUGCAGAUUUUUAAAGAUGAGGUUUAAUCCUUUCCACCAAAUGUCACAUUUUAAAAUUACACUUCUUUUUUUUUUUAACGUUUAUUUAUUUUUGAGAUAGAGAGAGACAGAGCAUGAAUGGGGGAGGGUCAGAGAGAGGGAAACACAGAAUCCGAAACAGGCUCCAGGCUCUGAGCGGUCAGCACAGAGCCCAAUGCGGGGCUCGAACUCACAGACCGCGAGAUCAUGACCUGAGCCGAAGUCGGCCACCCAAAUGAGUGAGCCACCCAGGCGCCCCUACACUUCUUUUUAUAUUAGCCAUUGAUUUAUGGCUUCAGUAUUUAUCUGAAAAGUGUUUCAAAAGUACUUGAAACAACUAAAGAUAAGAGGCAUUACAUGGCUGUUAAAGGAGAAAGUAUAAUAUUAACACACUAGCAUCGGGAUCACUUAUAUUGAGCAAGAAAAAUCAUUCAUGGCCAGUGGACAGUAUUUGUUGAUGAACAGCUGGAACAUGAGUCUGAGAGCUGGGGGAGGACGGUGAAGUUUGCUGUGUGGUGUCCUUCCUGCAGUGUCCCCAGGUGUCCUUCCAGUGUCCUUCAGGAACAUCUUCCCUGUGCUUUGUCAUUCCUUCCUCUCCCCUUCCUCCCAUCCUGGGAUUGAAGGACUGGCCUUCAAGGGAGAUAAGCUUUCUGGCCAUAUCAUACUGGUCCGUUGCUGAGUUCAAGGUCCUCUUCCUGCUCCUCUUUCACCUAGAGCUGUGUGGAGCUAGGGGCUGGGCUGGGCUCGUGGACUGGCUCAUGUGGGGCAGUAAGGAGGGGUGCAUCUUGCAGGUCCAGCCUUCCCUCCUCUAGGAAGUUCCUGGAUUAAAGGUUAAUAGAGGGCAGGGCUCAUGUCUUCCUUCAUCUCUGUGUGCAUGUGUGAAAAUGAAGUGUCAUAAAUACAACUUGUGUAGCCCAGUUCCUGGCACUUAGAAGGAACUCAGUCAAAUUCUUCCCACAGUCUCUUCAUCAAAUUCCCCUAAUGUCUCUUAGGCCUUGAGGAGUCUCCCUGUUGGGCAGGGAUUGGUGGUGGCAUGGGUGGGGGGUGGACCUGGAAGCUGAUAUUUGUCCUUAUCUCAUUUGUUAUUUUUCUUUCUUUUUUUAAAAAAAUAUUGACUUUUUAAAAAGUUCAUUUAUUUUUGAGAGAGAGUGAGUGUGUGCACCCACGUGAGUGGGCGAAGGACAAAAAGAGAGGGAGAGAAAGAAUCCCAAGCAGGCUCCUCUCUCAGCACAGAGCCGACAAGGGACUUGAUCCCACAAACUGUGAGAUCGUGACCUGAGCCAAAAUCAAGAGUCAAAUGCUUAAUGGACUGAGUCACCCAGCCUCCCCUCAGUUGUUAUUUUUCAGUUAAGAUACAUUUUCCCAACAGUCCCAAGUCUAAGUGGAUAUUGGCAGAAUAGACCUUUGCGGAUGACAACCUGGGAUGUGUUCAGAUAUAUCCAGAGGUCUUGGAUUUGUGCAGAGUUUUAAUAUCUCAGACCAGACAUCUAGGCAGAAAACUAUCAAGCCCAUGCACCAUGAGCCAGUCAGGCCUUGUUUCAUGAAAACAAAUCCAGUGAAUUAUUCAGAACAAUCAAGAGUGAAUGCAGGCUGGGUGAGGCUUUGCUGGGUGUGUGGUUGCAAAACUCUGAGAGAUUUGGUUUCCUCCCCUGUAGAAUGAAGAUAAAUGACAACAACCUGGCAGAAAUGUGACCAGGGAAGGUGUAGCCCAAGCUAGUGUCUUAACAUCAGUCACUUAACUCAUGAACACCUGAGCACUGGGCAGGCUUGAGGGAGUAAGCAAAGGUGGUUGAAUCUGAGUUUCUAGCCUGGGGAUGUUUCGGUGAAGCAUAUAUACUUGGGGCAGGAAGAAACAAGGAGCAGGAAAGAUGGUUGGGUCCUACCACCGAGGGGCUGGAUUGACUUGUUUAGGUCAGAGUUAACCGUCUUUGUGUUUCUCAGUGGAAUGAAAUGUUUUCCAAAUUUGGACAAGGCUGAGUAGCCAAUGGGCUGCUGCAGUGAGUCCUCUGCAAAUGAGCUCAAGCAAAGUUUAUUGUUUACUGUGUCCUGGGCACGUGAGGAGGGCACACAGUGCCUCCCUUUGUGGAUGCCACAGACAUUCCACAGAGGAACCAAUGUCAGAGCUGUGCUGGAGGACAGGGUGCCAGUAAAACUCCAACAAGUACGUAUAUGGGGCACGUAUAGGGAUGAGCAGGUGGGCGAGGGUUCCUCUGAGGAAGGUCACAUUAGGCAAGACUGAGACGUUAAGGAGUUUGGGGGAUGAGAGAGAGAGAGAGAGAGAGAGAGAGAGAGAGAGAAUGAGAGAGCAAGAUGAUACAAUGACUUGUUAGAAGGCCCGAGGCUUCGGAACGGAGGAACUCACUGGAAGAACUCACUCAGGCCAGUGAGGGACAACUGGCAGAGUGAUGGAAAGAGGUCAGAGAGGAAGCUGUGCCCUGGGAAUCACAGACAAGAGGUUUAUAGGGGGAUCCCUUGAACAGAUAAGGCAGAUCUGACUUGAGAGGAUCAUGACCUUGGAAGGAAAAUGAACUUGAGGAGGUCAGGCUGGAGGUGGGCAGGGGACACUCAUGGGGAAGAAGGGACACCCUGCUUGGGCCAGGGGAGAAAUAGGGGUUGCCAGGAACUAGGUACUGGCCACGGAUAUGGAUUUGAGAAAAGUCUUGAAUAUCUCUGGUGCAUUGGAGGUAGACUGGAUGGGAACAUGGACUGUGUAGUGGAAUGACCCUCCAGUUUCUGGCAGAUGUAACUGAGUGAACCAAGGUGUCCUGCUGAGAUGGGAACAUACAGGUAGGGAGGGGCUGGAGGAAGCCCCAGUGCUCCAGGGUUUUCCUUCAGAGACCAUAACAUCCAUCUUUCCUAGAGCACACUGCAGCCUGGCAGGGAGGGGACUGAAUGGUGUAUCCAGGCCAUGCAUACUUGUAAAAUACUAACAAGCCACAGGGUGCUGUCCAUUCAGCUUGGGCAGGGCCAGAGUCCUGGAACUGGUCCUGGAAGCUCCUGAUGCCCAGUAGUAACCUCUCUGUUGCCACACCUAUGUGGUCUCCGGGUGAAGAAAAGCAAAGCAGCUACACCAGGGGCUUUUCAAAGACUCUUGCCUGAUGGUAUUCACCAACUGUCAUGAGUAGUCUCAGUAGUGAACAGCCAUGCAUAGGGCUAGGUAUUAGUCUUGGCUGUGCCAUACACACUCUCUGCUUAUGGUUUAGAAGUUAGCCAACCUGGAGAGUAGCAGUUGUUCAUCAAACUAUUGCUGAGUCUGUACCUCUGUGUGACUCCCUGCAGGGUGGGUCAGUGUACCUGUACUGCCCUGUUUCUGUGGCUCUGAUCGCGUUGCUUCCUUACUGAUAACUGGGGUGCACCAUCCAGAGGGCAGGGCAGAGUCUGCUGGGAUUGUUUUUUGUAAGCUUUCACUUUCAAAUGGUGCAGGACAGAGAAGGGUGGAUUUUCCUGUCUGGGAGUGCUUAGUGGGGGCCCAGGACCCUGUUUUGGCUCAGACCCCUCUAACCUGUUCAGGUUCUGCUUCCCCACUCAUCUGGGAACCACCUGCCUCUCAGGCAAGAAGACCCUAUGGCACCCAACGUUGGAUUUGGAAGCAGGGUUUGGGGCUCAGAGCAGCUAACUGCAAGUGCAAUCUCUGAGAGCAGAUUUGGGGUCUGCUGAGAUCUCACACUACUGAGUUAGAGACAUUCCAGAAGUCUCAGCUUUCUAAGCAGGUGUUCUCCUGCCUCCUGCCCUGUGUCUCCCCAGCCCUGAGGAAAUGGAGGAUUGCCGCAGAGGCUCUUUGCUCUCCCGUCUCGCCUCCCUGCUUCUCUUCUUCCAGUUGCCUGCUGGGGGGUCUGCAGAGGAGUUUGUGGUGAUUGCCCCCUCGGACCCCAUUGUGGCAGUGCUGGGUGGGAACGUCACGCUGCCCUGUCAUGUGUCCCCAGCCAUGGAUGUGGAAAACAUGGAGCUGCGGUGGUUCCGCUCCAAGUUCUCAGAAGCAGUGUUCAUCUAUGAAAACCAGCAGGAACAGAAAGAAGAGCAGCUGGCUCAGUACACAGGGCGGACCUCGCUGGUGAAGGACUUCCUCAGCCAGGGGGAGGCCACUGUGCGUAUCCACAAGGUCCAGGCUUCCGACAACGGGCUGUAUACCUGCUUCUUCAGAAAGGGAAAUUUCUAUGAAGAGGCCAGUUUGGAGCUGAAGGUGGCAGGUAUGGGCUCUGUCCCUCAAGUGCACAUCACAGGGCCAGAGGAGGACGGGGUCCGAGUGGUGUGCACGGCCUCGGGAUGGUUCCCAAAGCCCCAGAUACAGUGGAGAGCUGCUAAUGGGGAAAAGUUCCUGACAUUCUCUGAGACCCAUGCCCAAGACACUGAAGGGCUGUUCAGCGUGGAGUCUGCUCUGGUGGUGAGGGACAGCUCUUCAGGGAACAUGACCUGCUCAGUCCUCAACCCCGUCCUGGACCAGAAGAAGGCGAUGGCCAUUUUCAUCCCAGAGCCCUUCUUCCCCCAGGCCUCUCCGUGGAAGCCAGCUUUCAUAGUGAGCCUCGUGGUGCUGAUGCUCUCACUCCUUGGGGCUGCCUAUUACAUCAAGACAGAACAUACUGUAAAGAGGCAGGAGAUGCAGGAAUGGGAGAGACUGCACAGGGACAAGGAGGAGGCCCGGUGGACAAAGGAGGAGGCAUUGAAGGCCAGAGAUGAACUCCAAGAAGAUCUCGGCAGGAGGAAAUCCAUUUACCUGGGUGGCUGGAGGAAGGCGCAGUUGUAUGCAGACUGGCGGAAGGAGAAGUUCCAGGCCUUGUCUGUCACUCUGGAUCCAGCAUCUGCACAUCUGCACCUUGCUGUCUCUGGUGGACAGACUAGUGUGACCUUGGAGGACACAACUGAGGACCCAGGAGGACCCUGUAGCAUCUUGGGCCAGGAGGCCAUCACAUCAGGGCGCUGUUACUGGGAGGUGGAGAUCAGGAAUGGAAACAGAAGCGAGUGGGGUCUGGGGGUUUGUAGGGGAGAUGUGGAGAGGAAAGGCUGGUACACAGUAUGCCCAGAAAAGGGGUUCUGGGUUCUGGGGUGGUACGGAGGUAAAUUAUAUGCUCUCCUCCCUCAGAGUCAGGAAAUCUGUGAUGAAGUUCUCCACAGGGUGGGUGUUUUCUUAGACCUCAAAGAAGGGGAUGUCUCCUUCUAUAACAUGACUGAUGGAUCUCACCUUUUUUCCUUCCCUCUAACUUCCUCCACUGGGACUCUGUUUCCAUACUUCACGAUUAAGUCAGGGGAUGUGUCCCUGACCAUCUGCUCUGUGGUGGGUGUGCCUACAGAGACCCCUAUGCCCCUUAACAAUCCUCCUUCUUCUUUGGAGGAAACUGUAAGCCUCUCAGGGAAUGAGUUCAGCUCAGGUUGUGCUGUUGAUGGUGCUCUCCCAGGGGCCGGCUCUCCAUUACUCCCCUAUGGCCCUGAGGCUAUGUGACCAUAGGACCCCAGACUCCUUAUGGUGGCUCUUUCUGGAGCUUCACAUCCCUUGAGACAAAAGCCUCUGAGGUUAGUCCUGGAUGACUUGGUGUCUUGCACUCUUGCUUUGGAUGCAGUCUCCUGGGGUAUGGCUAUGAGAACAGUCAGUUCAUGCCUUAUACUCAGGCAGCAGAAGAUAAUAUUGACUGAGCUUGUUUGGGGUAGGCUGAAUUUAGCUAUUGGAAGUAAUGCUUCUUUUGGUAAUGAAAAUUAUUUCAUACAGUCUUUAUUCUGCUUGGAUAUGAAGGAGAUGAGGGCUGAAUGACUCUGCAGAAUUAAAUGGUGUAUAUUUUAUCCAACUUGAGUUGUGCAGAUGAACCCAGAGGCUAUGGGUAGGUCACCAGUUCUAUUUUGGGAAAUGUGCACUCUGAUUAGAGACAUUGGCCAUCCAAAAAUUUCUGGAGAAAUGAGUGGCUGAUUGAUGUUCAAGAGGAAAGCAGUCUAAUAUUCUACUGUAUAUACCUCCUAUUCUGGGAUGGUGGAAGCACACUUAUCUUACCAACCUUAGUAAAUGUCUGUUAUUCAUGAAAUACCAGUGCUGUGUUAAUUCAGGAAUUAAGAAGAAGGAUCUGAUUCUUCGUGCGUGUCAACUCCAGUUGGAAAGAAGAGAACUUCUACCAGAAUAAAGAUACGAAUGAGGAAGAGGAUUUUCAGAUGCUGGGUGAAUUUCAGAAAGCUUUGACUAUGAGCACGGUUUCCAGAAUCUGUGUAGUGCCUCUCAUUACUUCCAAGUCCAAAGGUGGAGUGCCCGAGUGGCUCAGUGGGUUAAGCGUCCAACUUCAGCUCGGGUCAUGAUCUCACAGUUCGUAGGUUCAAGCCACACAUCAGGCUAUGUGCUGACAGCUCAGAGCCUGGAGCCUGCUUCAGAUUCUGUGUCUCCCUCUCUCUGCCCCUCCCUGCUCACGCUCUGUCUCUCUCUCUCAAAUAUAAAUAAACAUUAAAAAAAUGGGGGAGGGGAAGAGGACCUAAUAGAUAUUUUUCCAAAGAAGACAUACAGAUCACCAAUAGACACAAGAAAAGAUGCUCGACCUCACUCAUCAUCAGGGAAAUGCAAAUCAAAACCACGAUGAGAUAUUACUUGACACCUGUCAGAAUGGCUAAAAUCAAAAAGACAAGAAAUAAGAAGUUGGUGAGGAUGUGGAGAAAGGGGAACCUUCUUGCACUGCUGGUGGGAAUGCAACCUGUUGCAGCCACUGUGGAAAACAGUAUAGAGUUUCCUCAAAAAAUUAAAAAAUAGUAUUGCAAAAUAGUAAUAGUAAUAAAUGAAUGAUUGAUUAAUAUCACUAUUAGGUAUUUACACAAAGAAAAUGAAAACACUAAUUUGAAGUGAUGUAUGCAUCCCUAUGUUUGUUGUAGCAUUAUUUACAAAAGCCAAGUAUGGAAGCAACUUCAGAGUUCACAGAUUGAGGAAUGGAUAAGGAAAAGUUGGUUUAUAUACAUAAUCGAACAUUACCCAGACAUAAAAAAGGAUGAGAUUGUGCUAUUUGUGACAAUAUGAAUGGACCUAGAGGGUAUUAUGCUAAGUGAAAUAAGUCAGACUGAGAAAGACAAUUGCCAUAUGAGUUAACUCCUAUGUGGAAUCAAAAAAAAAAAAAAGAAA